UCCCUUUCGGGCUAUUCAUAUGCUGCCGUGGAUCAGCGGUCGGACGAAUGGUGAUUGUUGAAAAUAAAUACACGGAAAAGCAUGGGGCACGAUUCCUGUUUUUGAAUGCACUUUAUAAGCAUAUUCAUGCCAAUACUAUUCGGGAGGGUCCAUCGUAAAGAGAACGUAGAUUGUGAUACUACAAUAUAUUUAAAGUAUUUUAAAAACCAGGUGCUUCCCUACGGCAGAUGGCGACUCUUGGUUAGGUAACGUAGGAUCGGCCUGUGCUGCCUGGAGAUGCCGGAGGCGGCCGUGGCGAAGGCCGUCCAGGAAGUUAACAUGUCCCUGGUGACGCAAUCCACAUGCGCCGCUGGGGUCUCGCCUGGCUGCUGCGCUCCGAGGUGGGCACAAUUUAGCAGCUCGGAUCCCCUGUGAGUUUCUAACCAGAUUAACCCACAAAGAAAGAUCGAGCUCGGGCCGGAGGGUAACGAUGACAUGGAGAGGUAAGAUCAGUGUGGUCCGCAGGAGGAUCUCCGAACUUGUCCCCGUGCACUAGUUGCCCCAUAGACCACGCCCAGACCACGCCCCUCACCCCCUCCCAGCCAGCGCCACCAUGAAGCCCACCCACGAGCGCCACCAGGAAUGGCUACCUCCAAAGAAGCGGGACCUGCCCAUGGACAGUAGCAGUGGUGCGGAGGAGGGGCUAGGCGGAGGUGGAACCAGCGGGGGCGGAGUCGGCGGGGGAGAAGAGGCUGCCUCCACCCCUAGCACAGUUGCCACGGGUAGUGAAGCCCAAACAUCCAGCACUGCGGGAGACUGGAUGAGGGUCUCUUCUGGGCUGCAUUAUGGCAUGGAGAACUCCGACGGCAUCCCCGUGGACCAGUAUGGCAUGGUCUACAAAGUCGCCGUGCCCUCUGUGACAUACUCCCCUACAAGCCUGCACCCGGUGCUCAGCCACAUCUCCCCUGCCUACACAGUGCCCUCUCCCCUCCUCCAGCAUGCAGGCAUCCCGUACCACCCGCUCGGCUACGCCCAGCUCCCACACCCCUCUCUGCAGUUCGUCGGUUCCCCUUACGCGGUCCCGUACGCGGUUCCCCCCGGCUUUGUCCCGAGUCCAUUGAUAUCGCCGCAGUCUGCGAUUCCUCAGCCCCACCACGUCUCCCACCUGGUGCCGUAUCCGCCCGUCAUUCAGGAGGGUGUAGUGUCCCCGCCCCCUCAGCCCCAAAGCUCCGCCCACAGCUUUGCUAAGGUGCCCGCCCCCGGGGGCGUCCCCCUCAUGCUGCCACCCGAGCAGACGCCGCAGCAGCACAUGGGUGCGGUGGGGGGGCUCCCGACCACUGAUGUCGGCCUUCGGGGCGUGCCUGUUUUUUACCACCCUUCGGGCUCCCGCUCGGCGGCAGCGGUGGUGCCCCUGGCCGUCGCCCACGGGGACACGCAGGAGCGCAAGAAGGAGGUCAACGGAGGGGAGGCGGGCCGUGGAGCCAGGGAAGCCGUGCAAGACUCCAACUAUUCCUCCAAGAACUCCCGCAUUGCCCACGUGACUGCCAGCCCCGGCGUGGUGGACGGCCUGCAUUCCCGAAACCAUGCCCCCUUCAGGCCAGAAGGCAGGGCGUCCCCCGCACAGAGCAGCACCCCGGACACGGACCUGGAAGUGCAGCAGGUGGUGGGCCGCCUUGCCUCUCCGAACCACGGCACUACCAGCAGCCACAAGGAGGCAGCCUUCGGCCCGCUGAACCUGUCCCAGGGAUCUCAGCGGUCCCGGGAGGCCAACUGGGCUAGCAGUGAGGCAUCAGAUCUGGGCCGGGCCGGGUACUCGGAGCACGCAACCAGCUUGGCGGACCCCCGGGCUCUGCCCCCUCAGCCCCAGUUUUCCCACAAGGCAAUGAUCCUGGCCAAUGGGCAGCAGGUGCUUGUCCCCUUGGAAUACCGCCACCCGCAGCAUUACGUCAACCCACCCGAAGAGGGCGCCACCAAAGCCCCGGAUCCCCCGGCCCGAACGUGCCUCCCUGAGAGGGCGGGCCCCGAGCCGGUCGCCCAGCAGCAGCAGCACCACCCCCAUCCUGCCCCCACGGCAGUGCAGGUCCCUGUGGCUGCUGGCGGCUCCUCCCACUUCAUGAAAGGUGCCAUCAUUCAGUUGGCGACAGGCGAGCUGAAGCGCGUGGAGGACUUGCAGACGCAGGACUUCGUGCGCAGCGCCGAGGCCAGCGGCGGCCUCAGGAUCGACUCCAGCAUAGUGGUGGAUGUUCACAGGAGCCCGCGGCGGCCCGGCCUGGUGUCGCUGCACUUCACCGUGGGCGAGCAGCAGAGCAAGGUGGCCAUCGAAGUGCCCCCGGAGCACCCCUUCUUCGUCUUUGGACAGGGCUGGUCUUCGUGCAGCCCGGAGCGGACGGCGCAGCUCUACGGGCUGGUCUGCCACCCCCUACAGGUGGGCGACGUGUGCGUGUCCGUCACGCUGCAGCAGCCGCAGAAGCCGCCGCAGAACCAGCAGCCGCAGGCCUCGGCCAAGAGCGGCAAGGCCAAGGUCGUCUCCCAGGCUAUGGGGCCGCCCGCCCCCCAGCACACGCGGCCUCCCGUCCAGUUCCGGCUGGACAGGACUCACCGCGAGCGGGAGGGAGAGGCCGAGGAGGAGCCCAUGCUCGUGGGAGGCAUGGGGCACGCUGCUGCCCCCUCCAGGCCCGAGAGACCUCCGGCGGAGCUUGUCAGGAGCCAGAGCGGCUACUAUUUGCACACAGAGGGGCAUCUCCACGGCGGCGUGGGGCCUGGCGGCGCCCCGUCCCUAGAGGGCGCUCAGAGGCGCUGGUCACUGCCCGGCCUCCAAAGAUACGGGAGCAAGGCUGAGGAGGAGGCCCACGCCUCCGCCGGCCCCUCCCGGCCCUCCUUUAUCCCUCAGGAGGUCAAGCUGUCCAUCGAGGGGCGCUCUAAUGCCGGGAAAUAGCGGCGAGAGCUUGUGGCCCCGAGAGAGAGAGCGCCUCCGAAUGUCUGAUUUUUGCACACUCCAAAGUUACAGCCCCCCCCAACCCCCCCUGUGCACUGAUGGUGUGGUUUCUGACUGCCUCCUGUCCCUAGUAACCAUAAAGGAACGCUCAGCUAUGCCGAUGGCAGGUCAGGCACGAGCAUUGCCAUGCCAGAAUGCCCCCCCCCCCUCAGUCCCGCGCUUGGCUGUAGCCUUUGAAUCUUCUACCAAAGCUUUCAGAUCUGCAUUCCCUCCCAAAAUGAGAGGAAAAGGGUUACCCAGUCUCGUCUGAUGUGUUUUCCACACCGACGACAUUCUUCCCCUCCCUCCGACCAAAAUCACACACACAAACCUGAGGUUUCCCUUUCAUUGUCCCUUUGCUGAAUCCCCCCACCCCUCCCCCACACACACACACCACACACCACACACCUACCCUGGGAGUGGGAGCCAAAGCACAUAGAGAAAGCUGACUAGUUCCCGGAACAGUUGGAGGAGUUUCUGGAAGGUGAAACGUUGCCACCCUAGUGGUGUGUGUGUGUUUUUUCCCCCCUCUAAGUGAUUUUAUCUACUUUUUAAGAGCCUCCCCGUAUACAGCCAUCUGCUGCACGUGACUCACAGGGAGGAGGCUCUGCGCCGUCUUUUCCCGACUUUCCAUAGGGCAGCUUGCUAAGGAUGGGGGUGGGUGUUGGCCCUGGAACAUGUUUAGUCAAUCAACCUGUCAAUCAUGUCAAUCAGAUCAAUCAGUCGGAAGCUCCCGUCCUCCCCCCACUGUACACAAAUGCAUGCACGUGCCCUUCUGCCCGUGGCUCCGCCUCGUUCGCCGUGGACCCCCCCCCCCAGGGCUUGCCGUAGCAAAGGGAUCGUCCGCCCCCUACCCAACGCCUUCUCGAUACCUCAGCCCAGGCAGGAGCCUGGCCUCUGACUGUUCGGUGUCACCACGGAAACGGGUACAUCCUCCUCGAGUCGCCUCUUUCUGAGACAGCCAAGAUGGCAGACGGCGUAGCAUCAAUAGGGCAUCUGACCCUGGUGUGCAUGCAGGCUGGUGGGAGGGGCCAGGGAGUGUGGGAGGGGAGUAUGAUGCAUCAGUGGGAAGCAAAUCCUCCAAAGAUACUUGUAUCCUAUUGAGAGCCUUUAACUGUAAUGGGUAUCGAUAUGGUUGCAAUUAUUAUUUUGAUUUUUAGAAAUAUGAUCCCCAAAAAACACAUCCUGUCACAUCCUGGAUGCCCAGUGACCGUUAGCAAAGCAAUAACAGAUUUCCUUCAGUCAGCUGUCGAGGUUUUUCUUGUCAUGGUUUUAUUGCCCUUUGUAAUUCUGACCUAAAAACUUCCUGUGUCUCACUGACAAAUGCACAAUUUUAUGGUCAUUUGGUUUGUAAAGUUUUUUGUCUAUUUUUUUGUUAUUGUUUCAGUUACUGUUGUAAGCAGAGAGUCAGGGGAAAGAGGAGGAAUGUAGCAGUGUAAAAUUCUGUGGUUUAAAAGGCAUAAUCAGCCCAGGCCAGAAGCCAGAAUGCUUGUCGUAAGGAGAAAAUGUGUUUUUUGUAUGCUGGUGUCCUUUUCUUUAAUUUACAGUUCGACUAUUUUGAGCUUUUUCCAGUCUUGGCAAUAUUCCCAGCAGCCCGUAAAAUCUCGUUCACGUCCGGGUCACGAUUUGUGUCAUAGCUGUGACCGAUGAGACGCGGUGACAGUACAGAUGUCCUUUCGUGUUCUAGCAUUAUUUUUUAAGUAACAGAAAAGCAGAAUUGGGUUGGUUGACACUGUUUACAAACUUAACAGCCACAAAUGCUGCAUUCACUUGUAACAGAUAUUAAAUUCCUAAAUUAAAAUCAAGUGCAAUUAAAACGGAGGGUGGAAAGAACAUAGAUCCAUACUGACGUCAGGAAGGCCAUUCCAAAACAGUCGCGUCACAUUCCCGCUAGCCUUGGUUACCUGGAUAUUUCCGCUUUGUUUCCACGCUUUCCAUUCCCCUCUCCUGGGUCUUGGUUCACUGCAGUGUGAGAGCACUGGGGUCUUGCUGUGGUUAAGAUGGUCACGUGACACCGCGGUGCGUUCUGAUUCGCUGAUGCUCCCGUGUUAAGUGUUAAAAAGACUCCCAGCCCCACUCCCCCACCCCGGUAGUAUGCACAGCAGACGUAUGUAUUUUUCAUGUAAAGAAACGGUAGCCAUUUAAAGUAGUGUUAUUUAUGUCACAAAUGACUAAUGUAUUUAUAAAUCCAUUAGGUCACAACAUUUAUGCUAUAAGCAAUAUCCUUAGAUUAAAUACAUAAAGACCAUAUUAUUACUUUCCUAUAGAUUUGGUAUUUGCUAUGCAGUAAGAGAAAUGAAGUAUUUUCCUCAUUGUCUAUAUCUACCAACUGUUUGGUAGGGUGUUUCUUUAUAUAAUAUAUAAAUAUAUAUAUAAACUUGUAUUGAUUACGUCAUUGUACAGUGAUGUCACUAGUCAAUGCCAUUACUCUAAUAGUUGGGUAGGGAAAGUUGAAUUUGGGAGGGGUUUGUGAAGCCCCUUCCCUGAUUGGUAUUGGAUAGCCCCGAUUGGGUGUGGUUUGUGAAGCCCCUCCCCCGAAUGCUGACAGAUACCCCCGAUUGCACGUGCAUUCUGCAGUGCUGGAUCUGUGCAUCCCGCCCCCCCACAUUUCUGCCUCGUCACAUGGACCGUAGCUCAUGCCUUUGCUGCAUGUUGGGUGGGGGGGGGUAGGUGUGACCCGAGGCUUUCGGAUCACGGCGUCCGAAGUGGCGGAUACUGAGAGUGGGGCUCGUCUGGGCCGCCCCCGGCCAGCUUGGCCCCAUCUUCCCCUGCGUUUGUAAUGCUGCCCCAUCCUCGCGCUGCUUACAGGGAGGCCAGCUGUUCCGAAAUCACUCGUUAUCAAAGCAGAGUCCAGGUACAGGUCAUGUUUGAGAAAGUGGACCAAACUCAUUUUACUUUUAAGACCACAGUGGAUUGCAGCACAUCCAAUGAUUGUGACAAAUUUGUAUGAUACUCCUCUAUUAAAUAAUUUAUUUCUAAAUUGUAGUCAAGUGGCGCUGUGCAGUGUGUGUAUCUAGCAUCAGCAUGUCCUUGUUCAGAGAGUGUGUGUCUGCCAUGGUCCAAACAGUGGGCUGUUGGGUCUCCAACACCACUGGGUCCCAUUUCAGGGUGGGUUCAGAGUCCCUUGCAGGCUCUGAUACAAGGCAGUAGUGGUUGCUAAGGAGGAUAUGGUUAUUGCACAGCUAGCUUGAGGUUGGUGUAAAACUGAACGCUACACCGCAAAAUCACUGCAUCGUACGAGCUUCUCUCAGUGAAGGGUGUUUAACUUGUACAUGAUUGGCCGUGAACUUGACUGCUUCUUUCUGUGCUCAGUAGCAUGUGACACCUUCCAUCCAAUGAGCUGUCUGACACAUCGCUAACAUACGCGCGCAUGUGCCCGCAUUAACACAUGCACGCACACACACACGCACACACACACACACAUUCACACGCACCUGUACAGCGCCCUCUACAGGUAUAUCAGUGGACAAGGGGUGAACUAGAAACUGCACUUUGACAAAACCUCACUUGCAUGUUUUUCUGUAAUUAUUUAUGUGUUUUAUGAAACGAGAUCUUGCACUUAAUUUCCCUUAACUUGUGGUGUUAUAAGGAAACUGUUGGUUAACGGAUUGCAUAUGUAUAUUAUAUAUAAUAUAUAUUGUAUAUAUUAUAUAUAAAAAUGUUGUAAGAUUUGUAUUUUAUCAAGGUUGUCAGUACUGCCUUAAGAAUUGUUAAAUGUUUCAGUGACAGGCUCAAGUGACCCCCCCCUCCCUCCCACAGUGCAAGAGAUCAGAAUAUUUCAAGUUAAGACUCCUGUCUAGGUAUGUAGACGUGUAGCGGAGUGGAGACUAAUGCUUGGUGCCCAGGAGAGGUGGCGUAGGGUUGGGUAGAAAUCUGACGCAUUUCAGCCAAAAAGUGGCUUUGUUUCCACAAGACGCUGAUUUUUGACUUGGUGGGCAGGAGUGUUGUGUUCUAGUGGCAUGACGGGGCAGCCUGUUUGCACUCAUCCAGCCCUCAGAUCUGAGGUCUUUGUUUUUUUGUGACGUUUGUAAUCUACAACAAAUUGGCGAGUAGAUAUCCUCACCAUCCCUGCCAGGGUAAAACUGGGGUUGCCAGCUCAGGUCCUCGAGCCCUCAGGCCUACAGGUUUAAGAAUAUGUUUUAAUUGACACUGGAUUGGUUGACAGGCUGGGGUGGGGUGGGGUGACAAAGUAAUCCAGAUAGCCUGGUCAGCCGGGGGUGUAAAGAAUACUGUCUGUGACCUGUGAGUGGCUGGAUGGAACCCUGCUGCAACACCUUUUGUAUCCCAGUAAAAUAUUCAGGUAAAAGAAAGGGAGGGUUGCCAAGCAGUUAGAUGUAAUAUAAUAAUAGCUCAACACGUGGAGCAUUAUGCUGACAAUGUAAAGGUCAUGGGUUCGAAUCCCAGGGAUCAUGCAUAAAUUGUAAUGCUUUUGUCUGCUGUAAAUUUCUUUAGAUAAAAGCGUUUGAUAUGUAAAUGGAAAACAAUUUGGAAGUUAAAGAAAAGCAGAAACUGGGAUCCCUGUGACUAUCAAGGACAGGAGUUGAAUAUUUCGCCGUUCCCCCUGCCCAGAAGUUCAUAUUGGACAGAGGAGAAAGCAACCUUUUUAACAGUUAAAAAAACCACAAAAUCCGGGAGGAAAGCCGUUGAUUUUAGAGCCGUUUCGCGUGUGUGUCUGCUUGUCUUGUGGAAACAAAGCGUGUCGUAGCUCAGGGGGCGGUAAUUCCAGACCUCCAGGGCCACAGUCCUGUGGGUUUAUAGAUUUCCCUUUUAUUCACGACUAACUCGUGUGCCGAGGUGAAGGAAUUAAUUAAGCACGCUCAGUCACUUCCCUUAUCGGCUUCAGUUGCACGGUUAAGGGGGAUGGCGAGGGGAAGGCUGGGGUUGGUCCUGAGUGAGGUGUGUCCGUCGCGAGGGUGGCGAGAGACUAAAUCAAAGCAGGGAAUGGAUCUAAGGUGUCAAUGAUUUAGACUGUAUGUAGUAUCACUUUAGGAAAUGUAGUUUCGGUCACUAUAUGACACUGCUUUCAUGUGACGUGACAUUAAAAGGCAUCUUUUUCUUUAAUGCAUAAAAACGACAAAAUAUAUGCAAUGAUGUAAAUGUAAUAUUGAAUCCUCAAGUAUAAUCCAGGUUGUAUAAACUUUGUAUAGUGAGUUUUAAUAUCUUAUGACUGUACCAAUAUGUAUUAAUUCUUAUCAGAAGCCUUAGAAUUGUCUACCUAAAGUGCUCCCUUUUCUUAGAAUACCCUACACCUACCUGAACUUUCAAAAGCAUUAAUAACUAUAUUUUGUUGCGUUUUAUUUGUACCUGUUUUGAAUAAAAUAGAUUUGUACUGUAUAUUUGUACCUUUUUGUGACUUAGGGCUGAUUUUAGUUUUCUUUCGCUGUUCUAAUUCGAUGUACUUAAGGACACAAAGAUAUUGUAUUUUUAUUGUUACAGCUAAACUUCUUAUGGAACAUUGCAUUUAUCAUGUUUGUUAAGUAAACACAUAAUAUAUAUAGAUAUAAUAUUA